UUGUAUUUACAUUGGAAUCUCAUAGACUAUGCAGUUACUGUUCUCACAGUUUAUAUCCUAGAACAGCUCGUAGUUUUGACUCACUGCUUUAUUUUGCAGGGCUUAGGUUCUGUCGAAGAUGAACCAGAGGAGGAGAGUGGAUAUGAUGAUGAAAUUUUACUUACUGAACAGUGGACUUUUUGCUUUAUUAUUUGUUUUAUAUUUAAGAUAUUUGUGUUGUCCGAAGUUGGCAAACCUAUUUUUGCAUCAUGUGGCCACGAGGAACAACUGUGUUCUCUUAUUGCUCUGAUUCAGACGUUCAUUAUGGUAGUUACUUCGUGGAAUGAUAGUCUUAAACGAAUUCGCUCAGCUCAUUUGCAGAUUUCAUUCUGCUAUCGGAGUCCACUUAUCUUAUGUAUUGUUUCACGUGAUGGACUUCAAUUGGAUGCUCAAGUGGAUCUUAUACUUUCAAUAAUCUGUCGAGCUCAAUUAGUUUCAAUUUUUCAAACUAAAGGGUCCAAUUUCGACUUAAGAUACAUGUUUAAAGGAACGGGCCAGCACUUAAAUUCUAUUAUCUGCCACCAUAGGGACGAUAUUGAUGUGUUUAUGCGUUCAAUACUUGUUUUCCCUAUGUCUUUUGCAGAUAGAGAACAGUUUACAAACGCAAUAGUUUCAGCAGUAAGUAGUACCAAGUUAAGUUUCCUAUUUCUGAUAAUACAGCUUAUCACUGUAGUACGAAUAAAGGGUGUUGCAUUAUAUCCUUGUGAUUUGCAUCUUCUUAUCAAUAUUAUUGAUUGUAAUCCCCAGUUUAAGCAUGCUGACAACUGGAUACCUGUAUGCUUACCGCAUUUCAACGAUACGGGAUUCUUGUAUGCUUAUGUUUCGUUCAUCUGGGAAGACAGUAGUGCUUGCUUACUGCUGUUGUCUUUGGAACGUAGCGCUUUUGAAAUGCUUCAUGGUGUAAAAGAAGCUGUAAUUAAUAAAUUGCAUUCAUCCAAAUCAUGCGUUUUGUUGCAGAAUUCAAAUAUGCCUUCGGACUUAUGGCAUUUUAUAUAUAAGAAUCGAUGCACAAGUCAAAUGUGUUACUCACAGUAUUCCAUACCAUUUAUUAAUACUGGUGAACGUCAGAAGCUGCAAAAGUAUUUUAAAAAAAUGUUUGGUUAUUCUGUGCGAAAAUCAAAUUUGAAGCAUUUGUUUGUGAUGAAGCCGGAAUGUUGCCUGUUUUCUAGUAUUACCUCGAAUUACGAGCUGCAUUGCGUAUUAAGUCCGUUCGUGACUCGAGCAGCUGCAAGCAUGCAUGUUGAUCGCCUUUUGAAGUUACUCAAGAGGGAGGAAUCGAAAAUUUUUAUUACUUCGAACGUAUAUUUUUAA